UGAGGGAAGGCGCAAGAUGGCGGCGGCAGCGGCGGGCGCUCGGGGGCUGGUGGCGGCGGCCCUGCUGCUGGGCCUGGCGCGGGCGGCGGCGGCGGGCGGCGGGCCGCGCACGUUGGUGCUGCUGGAGAACGUGAACCUGCGCGACACCCACUCGCUCUUCAUGCGCAGCCUGGCGGAUAGGGGCUUUGAUCUAACCUUCAGGACUGCUGAUGACCCUGGCCUGUCUCUUAUCAAAUACGGAGAGUUCCUUUAUGACAACCUGAUCAUAUUUUCUCCAUCUGUAGAAGAAUUUGGAGGCAACAUCAACGUCGAGACUAUUGCUGCUUUCAUUGAUGGCGGUGGGAGCGUCCUUGUGGCUGCCAGCUCAGACAUUGGGGAUCCUCUUCGUGAGCUUGGAAGUGAGUGUGGGAUAGAGUUUGACGAGGAGAAGACCGCCGCCAUUGACCACCACAACUACGAUGUGUCUGAUCUGGGCCAGCACACCCUCAUUGUGGCAGACUCUGAAAAUCUCCUGAAGGCUCCAACGAUUGUGGGGAAAAGGCCACUGAACCCCAUCCUCUUCCGGGGAGUUGGGAUGGUGGCAGACCCCGACAACCCUCUGGUCUUGGACAUCCUGACUGGCUCCUCCACCUCCUACUCCUUCUUCCCUGACAAACCCAUCACACAGUACCCUCAUGCUGUUGGGAGGAACACCCUCUUGAUCGCUGGUCUCCAGGCCCGGAACAAUGCCCGCGUUGUCUUCAGCGGCUCCCUGGAUUUCUUCAGUGAUGCAUUCUUCAACUCUGCUGUGCAGAAAGCUACACCUGGCUCUCAAAGGUACCCCCACACUGGGAACUACGAGCUGGCCGUCGCCCUGUCCCGCUGGGUGUUCAAGGAAGAGGGUGUCCUUCGCGUUGGAGAAGUGUCCCACCAUCGUGUGGGGGAGACAGCGCCCCCUAGUGCCUACACUGUCACUGACUUAGUGGAGUACAGCGUUGUGAUUGAAAAGCUCUCGGAGGGCAAAUGGGUUCCCUUCGACGGUGACGACAUUCAGCUGGAGCUGGUCCGCAUUGAUCCGUUUGUUAGGACUUUUUUGAAGAAGAAUGGAGGUAAAUACAGCGUCCAGUUCAAGCUCCCUGAUGUCUAUGGAGUUUUCCAGUUCAAAGUGGAUUACAACCGCCUGGGCUACACACACCUCUACUCAUCUACACAGGUGUCUGUGCGUCCCCUCCAGCAUACCCAGUAUGAGCGUUUCAUCCCCUCCGCCUACCCUUACUACGCCAGCGCCUUUUCCAUGAUGGUGGGCCUCUUCCUGUUCAGCGUUGUAUUCCUGCACAUGAAAGAGAAAGAGAAAUCGGACUGAGUGGCAAUGCCAUGUUGCCACUGAAGCCACAGGCUCACUAUUGGUGGGGGGAAAGGGAGGGAAGCCAUGUGGGGAGCAGCCCUCUGCCGAACUGACUUUCCAGAGGAGGCCCUGUUGCCAUUCUCCUCCUCCUGGAUUCUGAGUAGGACACUGUUUUGUUCUUUCUUCACCUGAAUAAAAAUGGCAUUCCCACUCCUCACUGUGUGGGGGCAGGGUCCUUUA